AUUCAGACAGAGUACAGAGCCCUGAAGACGUGACCACACGCCUCCCCGCAGCUGCAGGCACUGGCACCUUCACAGAGUGUUAUUUCAAAAGCCAGAUAAAAGCGGAAUGAGGAGGCUGGGAAAAGAGUGUACAACAUAGCAGUUCUGAAAACCACCCUCUGUUUCGUUCUGGCGCCCGGAGGUUACACCCAGGCAUCACCAUAGCUUCUCUCCUCACAGAAAAUUAACUGAACCUUCAAAACUUUGUUAUCUUGAGUGCAAGCAAAAUCGAAGUGUCUUCAACUCAAGGUGUCCUCAGUCUCCACUUAACAAGGUCAUGGAAGAUCUAGAGGAAACACUAUUUGAAGAACUUGAUAACUAUUCCUAUGCCCUGGAAUAUUACUCCCCGGAGUCUGAUUUGGAGGAGAAAGUCCACCUGGGAGUUGUUCACUGGGUCUCUCUGAUAUUAUAUUGUUUAGCAUUUGUUCUGGGAAUUCCAGGAAAUGCCCUUGUCAUUUGGUUCACGGGAUUCAAGUGGAAGAAGACAGUCACCACUCUCUGGUUCCUCAACCUGGCCAUUGCAGAUUUCAUUUUUGUUCUCUUCCUGCCUCUGUACAUCUCCUAUGUGGCCAUGAAUUUCCACUGGCCCUUUGGCAUCUGGUUAUGCAAGGCCAAUUCCUUCAUUGCCCAGUUGAACAUGUUUGCCAGUGUUUUUUUCCUGACUGUGAUCAGCCUGGACCGCUAUAUCCACUUGAUCCAUCCUGUCUUGUCUCAUCGGCACCGAACCCUAAAGAACUCCCUGAUAGUUAUUCUAUUUGUCUGGCUUUUGGCUUCUCUUAUUGGUGGUCCUGCCCUAUACUUCCGAGACACUCUGGAGUUGAAUAACCACACUGUUUGCUAUAACAAUUUCCACGAGCAUGACCCUGACCUCACUUUGAUGAGGCACCAUGUUCUGACCUGGGUGAAAUUUAUUGUUGGGUACCUCUUCCCUUUGCUAACAAUGAGUAUUUGCUACUUGUGUCUCAUCUUCAAGGUGAAGAAGCGAAGCAUCCUGAUCUCCAGUAAGCAUUUCUGGACAAUUCUGGCUGUGGUUGUGGCCUUUUUGAUUUGCUGGACUCCUUAUCACCUUUUUAGCAUUUGGGAGCUCACUAUUCACCACAAUAGCUAUUUCCACCAGGUACUGCAGGCUGGCAUCCCCCUCUCCACUGGUUUAGCAUUCCUCAAUAGUUGUUUGAAUCCCAUCCUUUAUGUCCUAAUUAGUAAGAAGUUCCAAACUCGCUUUCGGGCCUCAGUUGCUGAGAUACUGAAGUACACGCUGUGGGAAGUCAGCUGUUCCGGCACAGUGAGCGAACAGCUCAGGAACUCUGAAACCAAGAAUCUGUGUCUCCUGGAAACAGCUCAAUGAGUCAUUACUUUUCCAGAAAUCAUUAUAAGGCUUUUGUAUGGGUCCCCUGACAGAUGCUCUUAGAUUAAAUUUGGUACCAAGAUAUAGAGCUGACCAUAUUGUUGUUGCUGUUGUUUUUUGGUCAUAUUAUUGUCAUCACAUUUUUGUGUGGAUAUAAGACUUAGGAAGGACCUGCAUAAUUUUUUUCCUGCAACUUACAUGAUGUGUGUCAUUCUUGCUAAUUAUAACACAGUGGAUUAAUCGCCACUAUUACGGAAGUAUCAACUAUUUUAAAAAUUUUAAUAUCUUCUUAGAAGCCCCAAAUCUUAAUAUUAAAUAUAUGAUUAACUGUUUUCAAAAAUGUCAAAAUAUUUGCUUAUAUUCAUUUUAAUUUUGUGCAAAUAACCUAUCAGACAUAUUCUUAAAAUGCAACAUGUAUAAUUUUUUAAUUUUAUGUAAGCUAUGUAUACACGUUUAUGAAUUAAUGGUUAUAUUAGUUUAAAACAUCUGUUCUAGUUAACUAUUGAUGCUUAAUAAACUGCUCCAAAACCCA